CUACUUCGUAAGCACUUUAGAAUUGCUCCAAAAUGGCUGCGCCCUUUGAGUUUGAAAAGAUUGGACAGAAUUCAAACAUCAUAGAUGAAUUAGAGUCAUCUUUUCUAAAUUGUUUGUCACUCCUUACCACCCAGGAGCAGAUCAAUGUCCAGGACUCUGAAGAAACAAAAACAAGUAUAGAAAAUGCUAUGCAGAAAUUCCUGGAGUUGUCUCGGCAAACAGAGGCUUUGUUCCUGAGAAAAAGAAUGCUAGUCUCCUACCAGAAGCCAGAACAGCAAUUAGUGGAUGAUAUAGAAAAUCUGAAAGGUGAAUUGGCCAGGAAAGAAGCUUUGUUAGAAAAGCACACAGAGAGGCUGAAACGAUGUCAGAUAAUUCUACAGCAACAGGGUGUCACACCUGCAGGGCAACCAGUUCAGCAAUCUCACCCAGUCUCUACCCAGCCAAAUUUACAGUUACCCCAGUCACAUACUGUGCCCCAACAGCAACCCCACAUGGCACAGUCGGGGUCACUUCCACAUUAUUCAUCUCAUCACAUACAGCAGAUACCGUCACAGGCCCCGGCCUUAGCCCAAUACCAGGGCUAUUCCGGAUCAAUACAUUCACAGUCUUUGCCGGGACCACCACCACCAAUGCAAUCUCACCCCGGCGUGCCCAUAGGGCCGAGACCGCAAGCCCCACCCUCUUAUCCACAAGGACCUCUAGCAUACCUUGAACAAACAACAUCAAAUAUAGGUCUUCCGGAUAGAAGAUGAAAAUGUUUUAUUCACGGACAUCGAGACUUUAUGUGCUUCUAAUUAGUGCAAUUAUUUGAGAACAUUUGUCAUUGUAUUUAAAAGAUAAACUUUGUACUGAAAAGUCAUUAUAAUUAGUGCUGCUUU